AUGGAAUUAUUUUUAUUUCAACAUCAAGAAUACGAACGUCUUUACAAUUGUACUAAUUUAGUAAUUGAUUCAAUUCCAAUAGAAAACCGUCGUUUAACAAUAGAAGCACUAAUUAAUUUAAUAUUGGGAAUAAUAUAUUUUUUGCUUUAUUUGCCUUGUUUGUAUUCUAUAUGGAAACAACAUUGGAAAAAUUAUUGUUAUACAAUUCUUUUAUAUAUUGGCAUUGUUGAUUUGGUUGCUUUGUUAAUUAUUGGAUUUUUACAUCCAAUACUUUCUCUACUAGGAGCUGUUUUCUGUUCAUAUCCAACACUCAUCUUUUUAGCUGGAACAUUAGCUAAUUGUAAGUAUUGGCUAAAUUUAAUGGAAUAUUAUAAAUUUAAGUUGUUUGGGUUGCUGAGAGUAGUGCUAAUUUGGUUAGUUUAUUGA